UUGCUAAGUGGCGCCUGUUUUGUGUUCGUUCAUCGUAUUUAUCACUGUAUUUCAACAAAAAUAUUACUGAUAGACGCUUUCAUGAUCUUUUGAAUGAAAUACUAAAUAAUUGAAGUGUUAUUUGUUGUUACUAUGUAGUAUACUUUUACAUUAGACUUGACCAUUGGGCGCGAACGACAGGUGUUAACUGGCCUUGUCCUGAAGCAUCCAAGUGGUUGAAUUUAUACUGUUUUUACGUCCACGAUGGCUGCGGUAACACCCCGGCGAUCUUCUCGCCUUCCUCACACGCAUACUCCAAAAAUGUCUGAGAGGAAAAAGGGGUUAUUUGUAACUGAAGCCGAAGCUUCUAAAGAGUCAUUGACGAAACACAGAAGACUUUCAGUCGUAGACAGUGAGAGUGAUAGUGACGAUUGUGAUUUGGGCAUCAUAAGUACCCUUGACUCUAGUUCUUGUGACGAAAAUGAUCCUAACACUCCAAAGACACCUGAGAGAACUAUAUGGCAUGGAACAAGAAGCCACUCAAGAAAGCUCAAAGAAACAACAGAUCUGAAGAAUUUCAUGAAAUCUCCAUUCACAUUGAAAAAGUAUCAAACUAGGUAUUCCUGUCCAGAGACAAGAUGUUCAUCAUCAACUCCAGCUACACCACACUUCCAGAACCAUCCUGGAACUCCAUCCUCUACUCACUCUUGCACCAGUGUCCACACAACUUCAUCUACCUCUAGCCGAGCUAGGAAAAGUCUAGCAAGCCUGAUAGCAGACACAGAGAGCUGCAGUAGCUCUCUAAAAGACCUCAACUUUGACACAGACUCAGGAAGUGACUCAAAAGAGAACACACCAACCAAAUCAACUAGACGUUCCAAAAGGUCCCAGAAAAUGACACCAAAGCUACAAAGUUUUAAAGGCAUCUUGAUGGAACAGAAGAAAAAUGUCUCCCCAAUGAAAACGGCUUACGUUUGUUUAACCAAAAUGGAUUUGACAAACAUGAUGUCACCUACUCAAAUGUUAAAGACUCCCCAUAAUACAACUGAAGCUAAAGCAUCUCCUCCUAAACUGUCUCACAACCGCAGAUCUGCUAUAGAAAUACAAGAGAGUCCUGAAUCUACUUGUGACAGUGAAAAGAGCCAUAAAAGGUUACACUAUGAUGAUAAAGUUGAUACUGGGCCUGUGUCUAAAUACCCAAGACUUGAUCCUACUACUGCACCUAAAGCUAGAUUAUCUCUAUUCAACAGUGAGAGACUCAAAGAGAUUCUCUCCACUAAGUCUUUCUAUGGUAAAUCCAACCCAGAUCUAAACACUAGCAUUACCACUAAGAUCUCAAAUGCAAUCCAAGCAACUGCCACACAUAAGCACAGACCAUUCAACUCACACUCAAAUAAACGUAAGAGAAAGCCAGGACAAAUCAAUAUGGGUGUCAGACACAAGAUUAAAAAACCGAAAGCACUGAAAAAACUGAGUCCUAAAGGUUAUUUGAAUACAUCAGUGACAGAGAAGUCAAUUGUUUCUAAUAAAUCUUUGGUAAAUUCAACUAUGUCGUCAACUAAAGAUGAUUCCAUGUUAAGCCUGAAUACAUCUCAAGAAAUGGAGCAUGACAAAACAGAUCCAUUCGACAAAGAAAAACAAACCAUUGAAGCCCUCCUCAGUCAAUGGACAGAGGAAGAAGUCCCGGAAUCAGAACUGAUCCAACAAAAAGAAUUACCAUGUUUUAACAGCACUGUUAUAGAAGAAACAAAGUCCAUAUUCCAACCAAUUAUAGCCGUACCUGUGUCUAGUUCUUUGCCCCAAGAUGAAGCUGUUAUCGUUGAAAUUGGUUCCUCAAAUGUUCAGGAAAUUGGGCCACAAAAUACUACAGAAAUAGGGGCACAAAAUGCUACAGAAAUAGGGACAGAAAAUGCUUCAGAAAUAGGGGAAAAUUUGCCCCAAGAAAAGGGUUCAGAAACAGAUGUAGUUAUGGAUGCAGAGAGUCAUACAGCUAGUCAUGGGGAUUUGCCGAAUGGGCAGUUUUUACCGGUGGAGGGCGGUUAUAUAGUGGUUGAUGGAACUGUUGUUCAUGGACAGCAUGAAAUCCCAGAUUUGGAUGAAAUAGAGCGCGAACUGAUAUUGUUAGACGAGCAGAUAUUAAAGAUGGCGCAGUCUAAUAAUAUCGACGCUCAAGCUGUAUUGGCUUCUACCGAAACUAUACCCGUUGAUGGUACUUCACCAGUAACGGUAGAAAAUGAAGAGAAAACAGCAAAAUUGUUCCCUAUAUUCAGCAAGCCUAAUCCUGGAUUGUCUACUCCUACAACUAAAGAUUCAACAGAUAAAAACAAGAAGAAGUCAUUACUUAAAAACGGCAGCGAUCAAUACGUAAUCGACGCGGGACAGAAGAAGUUUGGCGCUACACAAUGCAAUGAAUGUGGUGUUAUUUAUCAGAUUGGUGAUCCACAAGACGAACAUGAUCAUCUUAUACAUCACAAUGCAACUGAUGUUCUCAAAUUCAAUGGCUGGAAAGACGAAUACAUAGUAGAGAAAACACCAACCGGUCGUAUUAUACGCGUGCGUGGUGGAGAUACCGGUUGGAAACGGGUUGAGAGUGUACUGUCCCGUGUGGUACACCCACAGUUGGGAUAUACCACGUUAGCUGGCGAUGUUCAUGCUUAUACCGCAUACCUCUACAUAGAGAAGAAGCAAAUAGUAGGCUGUUUGAUAGUGGAGCCUAAAUCUAAAGCCUACAAGUUGCUACCAGGGGAACCAGACUGCUGUAGUAUUGAAGAAUAUUCCGUCAAAUGCGGCAUAUCAAGAAUCUGGACGCAUCCAAAAUUCCGCAGACGAGGCAUAGCAGUACGCAUGUUAGAAUGUGCCCGAGCCUCUUUCCUCUAUGGCCUGGCUCUAACUCGGCAAGAACUGGCUUUCUCUGCUCCAACUCCAGCGGGAAAAGCCCUCGCUACAACAUAUUGUGGAACCGCUAAUUUCUAUGUGUAUCUGAGCUAGUGUUUUAGUGAAAAGUGACAUAAAUGCAAGUGAAACUAUGUGACAUCAUGCUUAAGUGUGUCCGAGCCUUUAUAUCCUGGUUCUAAUUCGGCAAAAACUAGCGGAAAAGGCCCUCGUUACAACAUAUUGUGGAUACACCAACUUUUAUGUGUGUUUGAGCUAGUGUUUUGAAAAUAUAUGAAAAAUACUAAAAAGUUGUGUGUUAUAAGUGUUAGUUACACUAUGUGCAGUAUAAGAAAUAGGGAACCAAUAAAUUUUGGUUCUUAUAUUUUUAUUAAUAUGGAUUUUUCUAGGUUUCUAAAUUUGUACUAUGUUUUAAGUUCUUGGAAGACAUUUUAAGUAUUUAGAUUUAGAUCUAAAUAAUGAAGAUUGUAUGUUUUAAUUUUUUAUACUAUGUACUGUGUUUUAAGUUUUAGAAACUCUUUUCUUAUAAAAAUUUUUAGUGAGUUUUGAUCUUAUAGUAGUGAAAACAUUUUUAGCUGUUUUAAAUUGAAAUUAAGUAGUAUGUCUGAAAUGCUCAAAUGAUUUUAUAUUUUAUAAAAGUUGAUUAGGCCCUAUAAGUUUGUAGAAAACUUGUAAUAAUGUUUUAAAUUUAGACAUUCCUUAGAAUAUAUUAGUUUUUAAUGUUUUUUUUAGCAACUAACAUUGCUAUGAUAUUUUUUUACCUAUUCAUACUUCAUUUAGGUAUGAGUUACAUAAUUAAGGCAUGAGAUUUUUUAGUUUAUAUUUUUUUGGCUUGUAUAUGGCCUUUACAUUUUAAUAAUUUUAUUCUUAAUAUAAGAAAGUUUGAGUUCAACAGUUUUUAGUUUUUAUAUUAUGUACAAUUUUGCAUGGAUUUUAAUGGCAGAUAAUUUUCUACUUAUUUGUAUGAAUUUUAUUUUCAUUUUACUGCUGUAUUUUAAGAUAAUUGUGAUGCAAUAGUGGGGCCAAUUUUUGGAAACAUUUUUAGUCUUGUAUUUUUUAAAAGUAAAAAUAAGUGUGCCAAUUUUAUUUAUAAGAGUGAAAUGUGCCUCAUUUUAGACUAAGUUAAAGUCGAAUUAUGUAAGUUUUUACUUGAUAACUUAGCCUCUAAGUUUGCCAUUUCAUUGCAUUUGUUACAUGAGAUUUGUUUAUAAUUUUUAGUUAUUAAGUUUUAUAUAUUGACAUAGAAACAAAGUCAUAACUCCAAAAAUGUUGUUUAGUUUGUACUGAAUAACCAUUUAAAAUAUUAAUGUUUAUUGUAACAUUUCUCAAGCAAUAGAUUAUAAAAAUUAAAAUAGCCUUAUUUCUGUCUCUUUCUAAUCAUUAUAUUAGUUAUUACAUGCAGAUAUAGCUGUCUUGCUCUAAUAAAUAAUUUAUCUAAAUGAUGAAAAGGUUAGUGUUCUUAUAAUUUAGUCUUCAAGUCAGUCAUAAGCAAGGCUUUUUUAAGCUUUUGCAUAGCUUCUAUCGCGGGCCUUGAACGCGGGGACCGAUCCAGAAAUUCCGUAACGAAAAAACCUCACGCUCCCCACU